AUGAACAUUGACGACAAACUGGAAGGAUUAUUUCUUAAAUGUGGCGGCAUAGACGAAAUGCAGUCUUCCAGGGCGAUGGUGGUAAUGGGUGGAGUGUCUGGCCAGUCCACCGUGUCUGGGGACCUGCAGGAUUCGGUACUUCAAGAUCGGAGCCUGCCCCACCAGGAGAUCCUUGCUUCAGAUGAAGUGUUACAAGAAAGUGAAAUGAGACAACAGGAUAUGAUAUCACAUGAUGAACUCAUGGUCCAUGAGGAAACAGUGAAAAAUGAUGAAGAGCAGAUGGAAACACAUGAAAGACUUCCUCAAGGACUACAGUAUGCACUUAAUGUCCCUAUAAGUGUAAAGCAGGAAAUUACUUUUACUGAUGUAUCUGAGCAACUGAUGAGAGAUAAAAAACAAAUCAGAGAGCCAGUAGACUUACAGAAAAAGAAGAAACGGAAGCAACGUUCUCCUGCAAAAAUUCUUACAAUAAAUGAGGAUGGAUCACUUGGUUUGAAAACCCCUAAAUCUCACGUUUGUGAGCACUGCAAUGCUGCCUUUAGAACGAACUAUCACUUACAGAGACAUGUCUUCAUUCAUACAGGCGAAAAACCAUUUCAAUGUAGUCAAUGUGACAUGCGUUUCAUACAGAAGUACCUGCUACAGAGACAUGAGAAGAUUCAUACUGGUGAAAAGCCAUUUCGCUGUGAUGAAUGUGGUAUGAGAUUCAUACAAAAAUAUCAUAUGGAAAGGCAUAAGAGGACUCAUAGUGGAGAAAAACCUUACCAGUGUGAAUACUGUUUACAGUAUUUUUCCAGAACAGACCGUGUAUUGAAACAUAAACGUAUGUGCCAUGAAAAUCAUGACAAAAAACUGAACAGAUGUGCUAUCAAAGGCGGCCUUCUGACCUCUGAGGAAGAUUCUGGCUUCUCUACGUCACCGAAAGAUAACUCACUGCCAAAAAAGAAAAGGCAGAAAACUGAGAAAAAAUCAUCGGGGAUGGACAAAGACAGUGCUCUGGAUAAAUCUGAUCUGAAGAAAGACAAAAAUGAUUAUUUGCCUCUUUAUUCUUCAAGUACUAAAGUGAAAGAUGAGUACAUGGUAGCAGAGUACGCUGUUGAAAUGCCACAUUCUUCUGUCGGGGGAUCGCACUUAGAAGAUGCAUCGGGAGAAAUACACCCACCUAAGUUGGUUCUCAAAAAAAUUAACAGCAAGAGAAGUCUGAAACAGCCACUGGAGCAAAAUCAAACCAUUUCACCUUUAUCCACGUAUGAGGAGAGCAAAGUUUCAAAGUAUGCCUUUGAACUUGUGGAUAAACAAGCUUUACUGGACUCCGAGGGCAAUGCUGACAUUGAUCAGGUUGAUAAUUUACAAGAGGGUCCCAGUAAACCUGUGCACAGCAGCACUAAUUACGACGAUGCCAUGCAGUUUUUGAAGAAAAAGCGAUACCUUCAAGCAGCAAGUAACAGUAGCAGGGAGUAUGCGCUGAACGUGGGUACCAUUGCCGCCCAGCCUUCUGUCACCCAGGCAGCUGUGGCAAGUGUCAUCGAUGAAAGUACCACAGCGUCCAUAUUGGAUUCCCAGGCGCUGAAUGUGGAGAUUAAGAGUAAUCACGACAAAAACGUCAUUCCAGAUGAGGUACUGCAGACCCUGCUGGAUCACUAUUCCCAUAAAGCUAACGGGCAGCAUGAGAUAUCGUUCAGCGUUUCGGACACAGAGGUGACUUCUAGCAUAUCCAUCAAUUCUUCAGAAGUACCCGAGGUCACCCAGUCAGAGAAUGUCGGAUCCAGCUCCCAAGCAUCCUCCUCCGAUAAAGCCAACAUGCUGCAGGAAUACUCCAAGUUUCUGCAGCAGGCUUUGGACAGAACUAGCCAAAAUGAUGCCUAUUUGAACAGCCCGAGCCUUAACUUUGUGACCGAUAACCAGACCCUUCCGAGUCAGCCAGCAUUCUCCUCCAUAGACAAGCAGGUCUAUGCAGCCAUGCCCAUCAACAGCUUUCGAUCAGGAAUGAAUUCUCCGCUAAGAACAACUCCAGAUAAGUCCCACUUCGGACUCAUAGUCGGUGAUUCCCAGCACUCGUUUCCCUUUUCAGGUGACGAGACAAACCACGCUUCCGCCACCUCCACGCAGGACUUUCUGGAUCAAGUGACUUCUCAGAAGAAAGCGGAGGCUCAGCCUGUCCACCAAGCUUACCAAAUGAGCUCCUUUGAACAGCCCUUCCGUGCUCCCUACCACGGAUCGAGAGCUGGGAUAGCUACUCAGUUUAGCACUGCCAAUGGACAGGUGAACCUCCGGGGACCGGGGACAAGUGCUGAAUUUCCCGAGUUCCCCUUGGUGAAUGUAAACGAUAGAGCUGGGAUGACAUCCUCACCUGAUGCCACAACGGGCCAGACUUUUGGCUAA